AUGAGACUCCCAUUAGCAUCCAUAAAUGGGUUGAGAUGCAUACGCCCACAGGGAACCAUAUUUAACUUUUUUAAGCCAUCGAUUUUUAGGGUACAACAAUCAUCGUAUAGUACUGAACAAUCACCAGUCUACUCCCUUGACCGUAACACUGGUAAGCAUAUUUUGACUAGAAAGACAUUCUUAGUCGACUAUUACAAAUACUUGAAUGACUCAAAUGAAAUAGUGUUAUAUGUUCAUCAUAAUAAUUUAAUUAAAUCUGAAAAUAAGAAAUUUAGAUCAGAACUUAAUAAGGCAGGUGCCAAGUUGAACAUUAUCAGAAACAGUAUUUACAACGUUUAUUUAAGAUCAGAACACGAAAAUGAUCCAGCAGACUUGGAAACGUCUAAAAGAAAUAGAAAUGUUGUUCAUCCGUUCUCUUCAUUAUUAAAUGGACCAACUGGUAUUAUCACUAUACCAAAAUGUGAUCCACAAGCAGUUACUCAAAUUUUAAAGAUUUUGAAGUCAGCUAAUGAAAAGUUGAUUUUAAUCGGUGCUAGAGUUGAACAGAAGGUAUACGAUAUAGACCAGGUUGAUAAAUUUAAAGACUUACCAUCUAAGGAAGAACUUCAAGGCCAAUUGGCAGGGUUAUUGACAGUUUUGGGUGGUGCCGGCUUGGUAAGAACUUUAGAGGCCUCAAGUAAUACCUUGUACUUGACUUUAGAAGAACGUCGUAAAGACAUAGAUCCAAGUGAAAAGGAAGACAACUAA